CAUUACCAACACAAACAAAGAACAUAGAUAGAAAGAGAGACAUGGAAAGUGACGGAUCUCACAAGCACUUGAACAAAGCAAGUUCAGCAACAAAGCAAUAUGAAAUUGGUGACAAGCCGAAGCAUUCAAGGAAUGGGGCUUCGUUUAUAAAGGUUCUUGGCCGCGACUUUUCCAAGCAAUUGCAAAUACCUGAAGAAUUUACUGCAAAUAUGAACGGCUACAUUCCACAUCGGUUCAUCAUUGAAAGUGGAUCGACAAGGAAAUGCUGGAGGGUAGGAGUGGAAAAGGAUGGAGAUGGGAGGAUGUAUUUUCGAGAUGGUUGGGCUGAUUUUGUAGAAGUGCAUUCCUUAGGAGUUGGUAACUUCUUGCUCUUUGAGUAUGAGGAGCAAUCCAUUUUCCAAGCAAGAAUUUAUGACCGUAAUGGGUGUGAAAGAUCUAUACUCGUGGACAGUAAGGGUGGUGGAGGUCAGCAACAGCCUAAAAAGACUAUAGAUGAUGAAGGAGAAGAAAGUGAAGCCUUGGAAUAUGAACCGGUUUUAGUGAAAAGUAAUCGAAAGAAACCAACUAGAUUAGCUCCAAGGAAAUAUGGAAGGGGCAUAUAUAAAAGGAAUCGUGCUGUUCCACGGGCAUAUACAAGAACUGCCAAGCUGUCAGUUAGCGAAAACCAUUUGUGUUUCUCAAUAAUAAUUCACUUCUCAAAGAAGCAUCAGUUUCACCAGCUGACUAUUCCGAAGGCUAUUUCACUAAAGAUGAAGUUACCAAGCAAAGAUGAUCUAAAAUUUCAGGAUGUCCAGGGGAAGUGUUGGACUGUGACACUUGGACAUAGAAGAGAUGGUCGAGCAAUUCUUUGUCAUGGGUGGAAAGAAUUCAUGAAAGAAAACAAGAUCGAACACGGGGAUAAAUUAAAAUUUGAGUUCAUGUCAGAUGAACUAGUUCGAGUUCAUGUGACAAAGGCGUCAGUGGUUGAUGAGCAUCAGUCUGAUGAAGCAACUGGAUCCUUAGAUAUGGAUUGUAAACACGAUAAUAAGCCAAGUACUCAAACCCCAAAUGAUAAGGAAAUUGAAACUAGGAUGACUACAAAGAAACAUAUCUACGAGUCUGGAAGUUCGUUUUCCAUAACUUGGAAAGAAUCCGGUGUCAGAACAUAUCUGUAUAUGCCUAAGGCAAUUGCUCGAGUCCAGAAAUUGAUGAAGAAAGAUAGUAUUGUGCUUCGCGAUCCAGAAGGAAAGUGCUGGCCUCUUCAGAUUAAAAAUUUGUCAGGUGGCCGUGUUGUAUUAGCAAAAGGUUGGGCUGAAUUCUACAAAGGAUACGGUAUAAGAACUGGUGACAUGUUGGAAUUCAAAUUCGUGUCUGAGUACCUGAUUCAUUUGAGCAUAAACAGAACUUACAGAAGUCCGACAGCUAUUGAACCUGAUGAAGACGCUGUAAUCUGCUUAGAAACAUCAGAUAAUGAGGAAGCUCUUGCCAUCAAGCCAGCUGGGGCAGUCAUAACACAGGAAGAAUUUGACGCUGAUAUUGAACCAAAAGCCAUCAUUACUCAGGAUGAAUUUGUUGCAGAGUUUGAUGCAGCCACCCCUCGACCUGGUGAAGUAAACGGUGUCAUCAACUAGUUCUCGUCUUCUGUUUAUCUUCAUGCAACAACGCCUAAAAGGACUACAGCUUGUUCAAUGAACAUGAAAUUAAAUCUUUUGCCUUGUAAUUAAAUGUACUUUAAGUUCAUGCAAUUUAAUCAUGUAUGCAUUAGCACAUGAACUUUUGGAGGCAUGAUCUUCACAGAUAGAGCCUAAUAUUUUGUGUAUAUAUAAUACUGUAUAAGUUUCUAAGUUUCAC